GAACAGCUCUUGUGUGCUUUGGGUGGUGGGGUAAGUCGGUGCUGCAACAAACACACGCAGUCGGGGAAGGGGAGCCCCAGCACAAUGUGUGUGUGUCAACACUUUACAAAGCGCCGCUACUGCCGCCGCAGUUGUUGUUGUUGACAUGGCUGUACUCCUCCCGGCUGUAAGAGGGGUCGUCGGACGCACGAAGCCCCCCCGCCGCCGAAUGCGGUCCGGGGACCUGGUGGGUGGCCGCCCGCUGAGUUGUUCUCCCUGUCUCGGGGGUCGCUUGCAAGCCCCGGAAGGCAGGCUGAUUUCCACCGCCAAGCGUGACUGGAAGGGGUGCUGGGAUAGCAUUGAGCUGGCGAUGGGGACGGAACCCACCCGCAAACGUGUUUGCGCCGCGGCCGGGAACCGCAGUAAAAGGGAGAGUGUGGCCCGGAUUUCGGUGGAGGGGAAUAUCGCUGUGGGGAAAUCCACGUUUGCUGAGCUAUUGGAGCAGAUGGCCAGUAACCAAUGGGAAAUUAUUCGAGAGCCCAUAGCCAAAUGGUGCAGCAUUCCAGCUUCCAGCUGCAGUGAGGAGCUGUCGUCCACACAGCAGAGUGUUGGUAACCUACUUCAGAUGCUUUAUCAGGACCCCCACCGGUGGUCUUACACCUUUCAGUCAUACUCCUGCAUGAGCCGAAUCAAGGCCCUUUUGGCACCACUAUCCCCAAGACUACAAAAGGCAGAAGAGCCAGUGCAGAUAUUUGAAAGAUCAGUCUAUAGUGAUAGGUAUGUAUUUGCUUCCAACCUGUAUGAAUUGGGUUGCUUAAAUGAGACCGAAUGGACGAUCUACCAGGACUGGCACACUUAUCUUCUCAAUCAAUUUGGCAGCCGAAUAGCGUUGAAAGGAAUCAUCUAUCUUCAAGCAUCUCCUGAGAAAUGUUUAGAAAGACUGCGACAAAGGGGGAGAGAUGAAGAGAAGGAAAUUCAACUGGGUUACCUUCAACAGCUGCAUUCACGACAUGAAAACUGGCUUGUGAAAAACUGCACAGAACUGCACUUUGAAAAUCUGAAGAACAUUCCAGUGUUAGUAUUGGAUGUCAAUGAAGAUUUUGAAGAAGAUAAAUCAAGACAAGAAAAGCUUUUCGAACAAGUGAAGAACUUUGUGAACUGUCUGAAGUUGGGAAAGUGAAAAGCCCCUGUCCAUUUUUUUGUGCAAAUUUUUUGAACCUUUUUGUUACGUAGGGAAAAAAUGUAGAGUAAGAGAAGAAAUAAAAACAAAAAACUGCGGAUGCUGGAAAUCCCAAACAGAAACAGAAAUACCUGGAAAAACUCAGCAGGUCUGGCAGCAUCAGCGGAG